UGGCCGUUUGCAGUCACAUGAUUCAACGUGACGUCACUGUCAGCUGAGCUCAAGAGCUCGUCGGAUGGUGUCCACCUCGUAGUCUGUCUCAACAAAGAAUUGCAUCCAGAAGCCACAGAGGAUGGACAUCCGCGGGGCCGUGGACGCCGCUGUCCCCACCAACAUCAUCGCUGCCAAGGCGGCGGAGGUCCGCGCCAAUCUGGUCAACUGGCAGUCGUACUUGCAGAGUCAGAUGAUCUCAGCAGAGGACUGUGAGUUCAUCAAGAAGUUUGAGGUGGCCAACUCUGAGGAGAAGCAGGUCAUCCUGACCAAUGAAGGACAUCAGUGUGCAAAGACAUUUCUGAACCUGAUGGCUCACAUCUCCAAGGAGCAGACUGUCCAGUACAUCUUGACGCUCAUUGAUGACACUCUGCAGGAGAACCAUCAGAGGGUGAGCAUCUUCUUUGACUAUGCAAAGAAGACAAAGAACACAGCCUGGUCCUAUUUUCUCCCCAUGCUGAAUCGCCAGGACCUCUUCACCGUCCACAUGGCGGCGAGGAUCAUCGCCAAGUUGGCCGCUUGGGGCCGUGACCUGAUGGAGGGAAGUGAUCUGAACUACUAUUUCAACUGGAUCAAAAGCCAGCUCAGCUCACAGAACCUUCACGGUACAGGUCCAGACACAGGCUCGGGAGCGGGAACCAUUUCCCCCAGUGAAAGCUCUCAGUACGUCCAGUGCGUGGCCGGAUGCCUUCAACUCAUGCUGAGGAUCAACGAGUACAGGUUCGCCUGGGUGGAGGCCGACGGGGUGAACUGCAUAACGGCGGUGCUGAGCAACAAGUGCGGCUUCCAGCUCCAGUACCAGAUGAUCUUCUGCGUCUGGCUCCUGGCCUUUAGCCCGCAGCUGUGCGAGCAGCUGCGGCGCUACAACGUGGUGCCCGCGCUCUCUGACAUCCUCCAGGAAUCUGUCAAGGAGAAGGUCACCCGGAUCAUCCUGGCCGCAUUCAGGAAUCUCCUGGAGAAGUCGUCAGACAGGGAGACCCGCCAGGAGUACGCGCUGGCUAUGAUCCAGUGUAAAGUGCUGAAGCAGCUGGAGAACCUCGAGCAGCAGAAGUACGACGACGAGGACAUCACGGAGGACGUCAAGUUCCUGCUGGAGAGGCUGGGGGAGAGCGUGCAGGAUCUCAGCUCGUUCGACGAAUAUAGCUCCGAACUCAAAUCAGGCCGCCUAGAAUGGAGCCCGGUGCACAAGUCUGAGAAGUUCUGGCGGGAAAACGCUGUUCGCCUCAACGAGAAGAAUUACGAGCUGCUCAAGAUCUUAACCAGGCUCCUGGAAGUGUCUGACGAUCCUCAAGUCAUAGCGGUGGCGGCCCACGAUGUCGGCGAGUACGUGCGCCACUACCCACGUGGCAAACGGGUGAUUGAGCAGCUGGGCGGGAAGCAGCUCGUGAUGAACCACAUGCACCACGAGGACCAGCUUGUGCGCUACAACGCCCUGCUGGCCGUGCAGAAGCUGAUGGUCCACAACUGGGAGUACCUGGGCAGACAGCUGCAGUCCGGCGACCAGCAGCAAGCUCCGGCGGUGGUGGCUCGAAGCUGAAUUGCUCUCGUGCGUGUGUGUGUGUUUGUGUGUGUUAACCGUGCGUGUAUGCGUGUUCUCUAUUUAAUGACUCGCAAGAUGAAGCAAGGCAUCAUUCCUCAAUAGCCUCUCGUGUCGUGUCGUGCGAUGUCUGUGAUUAAAUGUAUAAAAGGUUACGUAAGUUGAAAAAAGAAUCGAGCUCGAAUAAAGAAAAAAGUGCGCCACUUC